AUGGCUGUGGUUCGGAUUUGGAAAGUGGGAGCGAUUCGGAAUCGGAGAAGGAAGAGAGACGCAAAAGUAAAAAACGGAGAGGGAAUAGGAAGUCAGAUCGGAAAUUUGAUUAUGAAAUCUCGGAGAAGACGGAGUAGGAAACACGUGACGAUGAUGAUUCGAGUAGUGGCUCGGCCUCGGAAUCAGAAUCUGAAUCUGAUUACGGAGAGGGAGAGUGAGGAUGAGAGGAGGAGGAGGAAGAAGAGGCAGAGAAGGGAGAGGGAGAGGGAAGAGAGAGAGAGAAGCGUGAGAGAACGAAAAAAAAAAAAAGACGUCGUUGACCGUUGA